AUGUCAUGUAAUCUUAUGCAACGAAAUAUUUCCCUCAUGUGCAUGAAAACGGUGAAGGAUUUCCCUGAAAAUCAAAAUGUUCGAAACUUACCACAAAAGCAUGCUGACAAUGGAUUGCAAGAUGAUAGACCACAUGUCAUGGAUUUCACUGGACCAUCGAGGAUGAAACGAGAAUCCAGCAGUUCUGGCAAAAGUACCACUGUACCUACGUCUACUUCAAAUCCCGCUGUGACUCUGUCCAAAACAAAUUCUCAAAGUACUUCCACGAAAGAGCCAAAUCCUACAACGCCCAGUUCAGAGUCUCCGAAAUCUGAUUCUACAACGCCUUCAGAUUCAGAUCCUUCAACACCUGAUUCAGAUCCUAUAACAUCUGAUCCAGAAUCUACAAAUUCCACGCCUGAUACAAGUUCAAGUACCAGCGAGACACCCAAACCAAGAGCAAUGAUUACACCUGCUAAGUCUACCACUCAAAAGAAUCGAAGAUCAACGCCCGAUCAAAAAUCCACAACUGCCAGUUUGACUGCCACGACUGUUAGCCCGACUACCGAACCCAGCACAUUUGAUCCAGAAACUACAACCUCUAGUCCAACUAUGACACCUAAUUCAAAAGCUCCAACAAUCACAUCAACUCCUGACUCAAAAGCUCCAACUACCAAACCAAGAAUUACUCCGAGUCCUGAAGAUCCUGACACGGAACCCACGUCCUCCAGUCCAACCGACAAAUCUGCGACGGUUAAACCGAAACCUGAAACAAGCAGCGCGCCUCCAACGAAGAAACCGACCGAUUCUGCAAAAUCAACGACGGCCACGCCUUUAGCUUUACGCUUCAAUCCAGAUGACGAGUCCAAAGAGCCUAAUAAGAUCCCUGAAUCGAAUCAGACACCAGAUCAAGGACCGAAUACAGGAAACUCCAUGUAUCCUGGAUUCCCAAGUUCUCAAUUCCCUCCGUUCUUCAUGCCCUCGUUCGUUCCUGAUUUCUCGUCACCGUAUAGUCCUAGCAAUCCUUAUUUCCUACCGAAUGCUGGUAAUAACAAUGCAUGGAGCGACGGUGGAACUGGAGCUGCGACUUCUUUCGCUUCUGCUAGUGCUGGAGCUUCUGCUGGUAGCACAAAUUAUAAUGCACCGCCACUAGGUUAUCAAGGAGGAUAUCCCGACAACUUGAAUACCGUCAACGCACCUAUGGCUGUCGAACCGACUAUGGGCAACGUACCGAACAUGUUUAAUGCAGGGGGAUAUGGCUAUGGAGGAGCCGUACCAUUUGACGGUGGAUUUGCGUUCCCUGAUUUUCAAAGGCAACUCGAGGAAAAUUUUAGACAAAUGCAAGCUUCGAUCCAAAAACAACAACAAUGGCUGUCUGAUCGUAUAGCCGAUGGAGCCAAUAACAUUCCUGGUACACAUAGCGCUGUAUCUAGCAUUCAGUUGGGACCAGGAGGUGGUUAUCAAUCUGGUGCAAUUAAUCCGGCUGCGCCGGGAGUGGAAUCCAGAUUUGCCAAUGAACUGCCUCCACCGUCUGGCGGCUCCUACGGAGUGUUUUCUAGCUCUAGUUCUCACAGCAUGGUUGGCCCAGAUGGCAAAACGGUCUCUCACAAAUCGUCGACAACAGGUGUAAAUGAUAAUGGAAAAAUUACUUUCCGGACAGUAGAGGAUUAAAAUGUAUAUCCUUAACUGGAUUUAUAUAAAUAAUUGAACGCUUACCGGGAUGAAAUACAGUUGUUUCGUUUUACCUUUCUAAACACACUAUUCUCUGUAACUCAGGAUUAUAGAUGAUACUUUUAAUCAUUUGCUUUUCAAAUAUACAUAAGUGAUUGCUAUAGAAAUACUCAUUGUAUGUAUUUAAGUGACACCCAGAGUAUGAAGCGCAUAAAACUGUCUGACAUAUUAGGUUGAUGCAUAUGAAGUUUUUCUUGAAAUUUGGAUUUUAUUAAUUACUGAUUAUCAAGUAUAUUGAAAAAAGGAGAAAGUUGUUCCAGAUCAUGUAUGUUCAGUAUCAAGAACGUUGUGAUAAGAAAAUUGGAACUUUAUUAGUAGACUAUUGAUGUUUAUGCAUUUCUAUAUUUUUAAGUAGAAUAAAGAAUUUGUGCUUCAUUAAAGCACUUUGGAUAUUUUAUAUAUCUGAAUAAUAUGAAUUUUUAUACUCUUAAAUUCUUCAAAAAUUAAUAAAUAUUUACUUCAUAAUAAAUAAAUUAAUUAAUAAAUAUCAUGUCUACUUAUUAAUGUAUGAACAAUUUUAUAAUUCUCUUAUACGUUUAUAUUUAGAAGUGUUCUGAAAAUUAUUGCAAGCAUACAUUUAGAAGAUUAAAGACAUCCUCUUUUCUAUCUAAAUUUAAUUUUUUAACACAUAAAUUAAUUUUAAAAAAUUUCAAAAAUUUUUUAAUUCUAAAAUUAACUUACAUAAAUUUGCAUUUUGUUAUUCGGAAAAGUAUACUAAAUCUAAAUAUAGAAAUAAUUACUUGAAUUAAAUAUAUGUUAUUUUGAAGAAUUUACGCACGAUGAAAGUUAUAUUUCAAGAACCACGUUUCACACGCACCAAUUUAAUAUAAUUGUGUGCAAAUAAUUGAAAUCUGGUGAUUACGUCCAGAUAUAUCAUUUUAAAAUCAUUUUAAUCUGGAAAACAUUUAAUUUUCCUGUGAAUAUGAUACAACUAUUCUCUAUGUAUAUCUCUUUUUAUAAGUAUUAGAAUUGAUUAACUUCAUAGAAAACGUAAUGAUCGAUCGAGAUUAUUGACAAAAUGAUUAAUUAAAAAUUAUGUAUUCACGUAAUGUAAAUUAAUCAUUCAAAAUAUGUAAAAAAAAGUUUAUGGAAGUUAUUUACAAGAGUUAUAAAAAAAAGCAAUGGAUUAAUGUAACGAUGUUGGUAAUCUUUUGAUUUAAAUCUUGUUAAGAAAAUUUUUAAUGAAUUAAAUAAGAAAUUCAAGAAAAUCUAUUGAAGAAUUUAGUGCAUGGAAUCAUUAAUAAAAGACAAAAUUAAUAAUAAUAAUAAUAAGAAGAAGAAAAUUCAUAAAUAUAUAGACUUAACAAAUAUAAUAGAUAAGUAUUAUAACUAAUA